AUGAAUUGCUUGUCCUUAAAUAUAAGAGGGGUUAGGGGGGUUGGAAAAGGUAAUUGGGUUCGGAGUAUAAAAAAUAAAGAAGGUGUUUCAUUCAUUGCUCUUCAAGAGAUCCAGGCUUCAGGGGUUUUUGAAGAGACGUUUCGUGGUUUUUGGGGUAUAAAAAGUAUGGAGUUCGAGGUGGUUGAGCCAUGUGGUCGGUCGGGUGGAUUGGUUAGUAUGUGGGAUCCAAUAGUAUUCAAAAAAAUUGAUUGUAUAAAGCAUAAUAAUUUCUUGAUUCUUAAAGGCAAAAUCAAGGAGAUAGAAGAUGUUGUGUUUGAGGUGAAUGUGUAUGCUCCUCAAAAUAGCAAUGAUAAGAGAAACUUGUGGAACUCUUUCUCGACAAUUAUAGGUGGAGAAUCGGGAGUUUGGUUAAUCAUGGGUGACUUUAAUACCGUUAGGACAUCGGAAGAAAGAAAAGGCUCUCAAUUUAAAGCAAGGUGUGCUAGAGAAUUCAACCAGUUUAUAGCUUGUAAUGAUUUACAUGAUUACAAUAUGAGAGGAGGAAAGUUCACGUUUUUGAUGGAAAACGAUCGUGGGAGGAAAAUGAGUAAAAUUGACAGGGUUCUGGUUAGUAGGGAAUUGAUGGAUAGAUGGCCGACAACUUGUUUACGAGUUCUGCCUAGAUUAUAUUCGGAUCACAAUCCUCUCUUCUUGAAAAUGGUGGAGAAUAAUUAUGCUCCGAAACCGUUUCGUCUUUUUAAUUCUUGGAUGGAGAAACCGGGUUUUGAAGAAGUCGUAGAUUCAGCUCUCGAGUCGUUUGUGGGGUUUGGGGCUCCUGAUGUCAUCCUCACAAUGAAGUUUAGAUGA